AUGGGAUUCGGUCAGUUCGACACAAUAUGUGAAAAGGCGCCGGUGCCUUUGUGCUCCUUGGUGGGCCCGGCUUCGACAAUCUCCGGGUCCACGGGGAUCAUAUCCAAUUGCUAUGCGCGAAAUAUUGAGCUUGCAAACACUAUUAUUUUUCAGGGCGCCGCAUCCUUUAUGCAUAUCAUGGCGCUCAGCAUGACUGUAAUCAUGAUCCUACACGUCAGGUCCAAAUUUACUGCUGUCGGCCGUAAAGAGAUCAUCACGUUCUUCUAUAUCUACCUAGCAUUGACUCUGUUUUCUCUUCUCAUUGAUGCAGGUGUCGUUCCUCCGGGGAGUGGCCCGUUCCCGUAUUUCGUGGCCGUGCAGAAUGGCUUGAUAUCCGCGCUAUGCACCUGCCUUCUCGUUAACGGCUUCGUGGGCUUCCAGCUCUACGAAGACGGCACAGCCCUCUCAGUGUGGCUGAUCCGAGUCCCCUCUGCGGCGAUGUUCGCAUUGUCCUUUGUGAUUUCACUGGCUACUUUCAAGUCAUGGGGCUCAAUGGGUCCCCAAAAUACCACGGGCUUAUUCGUGGUGCUCUACCUGCUGAAUGCCAUUAGCAUCGCUGUGUAUCUGGCCAUGCAACUUCUUCUAGUUGCAAACACAUUGGAUGACCGCUGGCCGCUGGGCCACAUCUCCUUUGGUGUGCUGGUCUUCAUCAUUGGCCAAGUUCUUUUGUAUCAAUUCAGCGACAUUAUUUGCAACAAUGUGCAGCAUUAUCUUGAUGGUCUGUUCUUCGCCACGUUCUGCAAUCUCCUUGCUGUCAUGAUGAUCUAUAAGUUUUGGGACUCGAUCACCAAGGAGGACCUGGAAUUUUCUGUUGGUGUCAAGCCAAACACUUGGGAGGUCAAAGAGUUGCUCACCGAGGAAGAUCGCCGAGCUACGGUCUACCCUGACAAUAACUCGGAAUAUGCUGGUAGUGUGCACCAUCACCGCUCUUCGACAUAUGGCCACCCUAAUCAUUGA